CACGCGCUCUGCGAUCACCGAGCGAAGAACAAGAAACAAAACAGCACUUUGAAGGGACUUUGUUUGAUCUCACAUGUUUUUUACGUGAGUGUUUGAAACUAUAACUUACAGUGAUUUACAUUUAUUAAUCAGUUGUUUUUCAUUGAAAUCCAGAGCAGAGUGUUCAAAUGGCAUCAGGAAGCGCACUGAUCUUUGACGAGGAGAUGAGCGAUUAUAAACUCCUCUGGACAGAUCCAGUCUGUGAGAUCGAGGUGCCUGAGCGGCUGACCGUGUCUUAUGAAGCGCUGAAGGCUCGCGGCGUGGCAGAGCGGUGCAAACAGGUGCCGGUCCGCCUGGCCACCGAGCAGGAGAUUUUACUGGCACACAGUGAGGAAUAUCUGGAGGCCGUUAAACAGACUCUCAAGAUGAGCGUGGAAGAGCUGAAGGCUUUUUCGAAGCAGUACAACGACGUCUAUUUCCAUCAGAACAUCUAUCACUGUGCUACGAUGGCCGUGGGCGCCACACUGCAGCUGGUGGACAGCGUGAUGAAGAGAGAGGUCAGGAACGGCAUGGCACUGGUCAGGCCUCCAGGACACCACAGUCAGCGCUCCGCUGCGAACGGUUUCUGUGUGUUUAAUAAUGUGGCCAUCGCUGCGCUUUAUGCGAAGAAGACCUACAACCUGAACAGGGUUUUGAUUGUGGACUGGGACGUCCACCAUGGACAGGGUGUCCAGUACUGCUUUGAGGAGGACCCAAGUGUGCUCUAUUUUUCCUGGCAUCGUUACGAGCACCGGACCUUCUGGCCCAAUCUCCCUGAGUCAGACUACACCAGCGUCGGGAAAGACAAAGGAUCUGGUUUAAACGUGAACCUCCCCUGGAACAAGGUGGGCAUGACGAACAGCGACUAUCUGGCUGCUUUCUUCCAUGUUCUUCUACCCGUGGCGUAUGAGUUUGAUCCAGAGCUGGUUUUGGUCAGUGCUGGUUUUGAUUCAGCCAUCGGGGACCCAGAAGGUGAAAUGUGUGCUCUUCCUGAGACCUUUGCCCACCUCACCCAACUGCUAAUGCCUUUGGCUGCAGGCAAAAUGUGCGUCGUCCUGGAGGGAGGGUAUAACCUGACUUCUCUCGCCCAAUCGGUCUGCCAGACCGUCCAGAGCCUUCUGGGAGAUCCGGCCCCUCAGCUGUCAGGGCUCACAGGCCCUUGUGAGAGUGCACUAGAAUCUAUCCAAAAUGUUCGCAGCGCUCACUCAUCGUACUGGAGCUGUUUUAAACACUUAGAGGCUCAUUCAGGUGCGAGCACCAAAAAGCCCAGCCUGGAUGAGAAGAACGGCGAAACAAAAGAGGCUGAGAAACCUGCGCCAGAGACCGAUGCAAAGAAGACUAUUGUGUGGCCUGAACCUUUAACCAGGACAUCUACUGCUGUGCGAACACUCAUAGCGCCCCCUCCUGGUGUGGAGGUCUCUCUGCCCGAGGGCUGCCAAAACGUGGGGGAAGAUUCCCAAAGUACCUCUAAAGAAGUAGAAAGUAUCCGGGAUAAACAUUUCCAAGAAGUAUCGGACCAAAACAUCCUCCAGCCUCUUGGAAAGAUCAUUUCAGUUCUUAACCAAAUGAUGAAUAAAAAGGUGCGUAAUGGAUGCAUCGUGGUGUCUGACUUGAGUUUGUCCGUACUCUGUGCUUAUCAACACGCACUAAAGGGCCCUGCUGAACGGGUGCUGGUUGUUUUUAUUGGAGAUGGGAAUAUACCAGUCGAAACUAAUGAUGGGAAGGUGUUUCUAGUCCAAAUCUGUGCUGAAGAAACUGAAGAGAAGCGCGUGAACCGUCUGUCCUUGUGUCUGAGAGAGGGUGAGGGAUUCAAGGCAGGAUUUAUGCAGGCAGCCCUAACCCCCAUCCUCCCUAUGACUUAAACCCUAACCCCUGCUGGCUGGUGCUUUGGGGAUACAGUAGACAGUGGCUCAAAUACCCACCUGUCCACCGUCACCUGACCUAACCUGACCACCAUGCUCCAAGGCCUGGCAGAGGGCCGGACGCUCACCCUACUUCAGGGCUUUGACAAAGAUCUGCUGGCGGUUACGGUCUCUGCCCUCUCCGGGGCCCCUGUCCCUCCACUCGGGCCCCUGGGAGCCCACAAACCUGAAGAUGUUCAGAUGAUGGAAAAGGAGAGACAGAGGCUGCAGAAACGCUGGAGUUCGGUGCAGGAGGGAUGGGGUCUGCUGCGGUGCACAGUUUCAGAAAACUGAUGGAAACCUCCGGAACGUUGAACGACCUGCGUUUUGAUGUUCAGUUAUGGAAAAUAAUCACUUUUUUGUACUUUGUAUAUUUUGUAUGGCAUUAAAAAUGAACCUGUCACAGUU